GUCGUGUGUGGCAAAUGGUGGAUUGCGUUACUUUUUCUCGUGCUCCGUGUAAAAUAUUUACGUAAAAUAGUGUUCAUUUUGUGGUGCAGUGUUUCUGACUUACAGAAACAUGUCGGAAACACUGCCGAAUAAUAAGAAACAAGUUCCAAGGCAGCUGCGAGAACGCAAGCAACGUAAGCUCUAUUCCGAUGAGUGGGCUCUUGGAGAUGAUGAAGCGGAAGGCGGUAGAGGUUUCUCUCUCGCUGACAAGCUGGAGAGCCAGAGAUUUGAGCAUUCGGGGGCUGUCUUGGAAAUGCAAGGCACUGAUCUCACCAUAUCAUACCUGCAGAAGAAUGGGUUUACAACACCUCUCCUCUUUAAAGAUAAAGCUGGAUUGGGGUUGAGAGUGCCGACCAGUAACUUCACAGUCAACGAUGUGCGCAUGUGCGUCGGCUCUCGGCGGGUUCUCGACGUCAUGGACGUAAACACGCAAAAGAACAUCGAAAUGACUAUGAAGGAUUGGCAACGUUACUACGACGAUGCGAAUAAGGAGAGACUUUUGAACGUCAUAUCACUAGAGUUCUCCCACACGCGGCUCGAGAACUAUGUGCAGGCGCCGCGUAUCGUGCGCAUGAUUGACUGGGUUGAGACCGUGUGGCCAAGGCACUUGAAGGACCAGCAGACCGAGUCAACAAAUGCCUUAGAUGACAUGAUGUAUCCAAAAGUGCAGAAGUACUGUUUGAUGUCAGUGAAGGGCUGUUACACAGAUUUUCAUAUUGAUUUCGGUGGAACUUCUGUUUGGUACCAUAUCUUACGAGGAGCUAAGGUGUUUUGGCUCAUACCACCAACUGAGCGGAAUUUGCAACUGUAUGAAAAGUGGGUUCUAUCUGGCAAGCAGUCUGAUGUGUUCUUUGGUGAUACUGUGGAGAAAUGCAUUAGAGUCCAUCUGCAAGCCGGUCACACCUUUUUCAUACCGACGGGUUGGAUUCACGCGGUGUAUACUCCUAGUGACUCUCUCGUCUUUGGUGGAAACUUCCUGCAUCAGUUUGGUAUUGAGAAGCAGCUGAAGAUUGCUCAAGUUGAGGAUGUUACCAAGGUAUUGAGGUUAUUUUUAACUGACGGACGGUUAUUAAUAGCUUACUGAAGUAAU